AUGUCUUUCAAUCCAAACUAUGCGGGCCGUCAAGGCAAUGCUUCCCAUCCCUGCCAUGUUCACCAGCAAAGCCCUGUCAUCCAGCCCGGCGAUCUCUACCCGAAGGGUGAUGUCAACCAUCGGCGGGUCAAUUCCCCGCAAACCAUAGUGCCUAUGGACGAUGAAGAAUAUCAGGCCUAUAACAGAGAUUAUCACAGUACUAUCAGUCAACAAGACAUGACCCAGCAACUUGAUGUCCUUGGGCAAGGCUUCGAUACUCAAGAAGCAAGCAAUGCUAUCCAGCAUCCCGGUAUCCGUUACCCAGAAUUUUCCUCCCAAGCACGCAUGCUUCUCAACCCAUUCAAAAACGACAUUGGCAACGUCCACCAGCAAGCUGAUAACUACCAAGGCAUUUCGCCCGAAGCACCCAUGGCUUUUGAGCAGAUCAACGAGAGUGACAUCCACCCGCAACCCAAUACCCAUUGCCACCAACCCUUUUCACCUCAGGAAGUUAUGGACCUAGAGCCAUUCAACAGCCAGCACAAUGAACUCUACCAGCAGGGAGUCGACAUGAACUCCCAAACUGACACGAAUGGCCGUCAGCCAAACCAGGCGUAUGAGGCAUACAGUCCCAACGCCGCAGACCUCACCAAGACCGAAGCCGCCGCUAGGGAAUCUAGAAUAGGAAAGGCAGAGUGGCUGCGAAGGGCUUUGGACCAGCCAUUCGACAUUGAUGUUAUGCUUAGCUGUAACAACGUGCUACUGACCACAACUGCCAACUUCCCUAUGGCCGGCCUUACGAACUCCUACGCGAAAGAUCAAAUCAGCCGUCCAGUGGAUACCAGUCGGAACCUCGAGCAUGAUUGGAUCAUGGGAACCCUGAAGGUCAACCUCAUCUACCUCGAGGCUCGCCGGCGCCGUGAGCAAGCCGUAAAGGAAAACAAAGGCUAA